AUGUCGGUCAGGAGACCGUUUACCCUUGAGCAUGCAGGGAACUUUGAUGGCAUCGGUAUUUUAUGUGGUACGACUCGUGGCGAGGACCAGGAAAGCCGCCUUGAACAAUCCGUGACGCUGGUCUGUCGAACGGUGGUGGAACGAGUUGAGUCCGAUCCCGGAAGGAACGGGAGUGUUCAGUGUUUCCCCCUGGCGAAGACGCCGUCCAUGACGCAGAAGCUCAUGUCACGCGAUUGCCUCCCACCCCCGCUUUGUACCCCGUACCAAUCCCGCCACAGCCGCCCGGCGAAGUGUCUCGGUAUCGGUACGGUAUCAAGUUCCAUCAUGGGCAAAUUCAGGGCAGCUAAGAAGGCCGAUGUCAAGAACAUCAACGACCUCGAAAAGGAUGGCGUCGAGCUCAAGAUCAAUGCCGACACCCAGAAGACUGGCUGGAAGAUCAACAGUUCAACAUCCACGGUAGAAGACCCUGCCGUACUCAAAGAUUACCUCACCACUCCUCCUGUCAAGAAGAUUGACCUCCGGUUCCCCCUUGGAAUCGUAGUAACUGCCCGUAAUCUUAAGGGUGUUACGAUCAAGGACGCGUUAGACGCCAUUCACAAGGCUUACAAGAAGAGGACUGACGACGAGUUGGACCUGCCCUACCUCGCUGGUUUCGAGUGGGACAAGGAAGAGUCGUGGACUGAGCUUGUUGUGCACCUCGCCAAGAACUCUAGCGCGCCCAUGGAGAAGAAGAAGAAGAACAAAUAA